GAGUCUUGAUCGAAGUUGCCAGCCGUGGCGGCUUGAAAGUGUCGUGGAUAACUGUUGUAGCUUAAGCGCCGGUUGCGAAGCCACGCAUACGCUAAUGCAGGCUUCCGAUCUAUCACUUCGCUUGCCACCCCAAUUGCUCGCCAUGCUGGAUACACUGACUGUCUCACAACAUCGCGCUCUCGCCUCCCCUCUUCCUGACCAUGUCUCUCUCGAUCGUGCAGCUGAGCUGUGGGUUGCGUGAACUUGAGAAUGGCUAAGCGAUCGACACUUCUUCUGCAACAUAUCUCAAGUUUUAUUCUUCUGCCAUCACUGGUACAAGCCAGUCUAUGGACAGUUGACAUCGACAAUGGACCUGCGCCGUCCCCUGAGGAUGGACCUCCUCUCUCCGCUCACGCUACUCGAGACUCUCAUCUACUCGCCGGUCAGAUAUGCGGAAUCAUAGGCGCAUAUGUGGCAACUGUCUUGAUCCUUGGAAGCCUUCUUGUCACGAUCGGAAGACGAAUGCGGCGAGCGGCUCUAUCAGCCUAUCUUUCCGUCUCGACGGAGAUGGUCAGGCCCACCAUCAACCAAUUCGACGACUCUCCGAUAAGUCCUCGUUCUCAACGUUCCUGGUACAGUCCACGGCGAUUGAAGAACAAACGGAGUAUGCAAGGCAGCACCAGAACAGUCAGCAACCCUGGCAGUCCCGCAGUGCAAAGUAUUGCCUCUUUCGACCCUGGCGUGAUCGAGUCGGACAGAGUGGCUAGACAGCAAGAGUUAGAACAGCUUUAUGCUGCGGCGUUUGCGCAGGAAGCUGCCAAAUCGCGGACCACAAUAGCAGAAGAUGAACUGUCUCAAGUAGGUUGUACGACGUCAAAGUCGAGACGACAACCUCCCGGACUCCUGACUUCGGCUCCUGCGCUUGCACAUUUGCACUUGCAAGAUUCUCAAAUCAGUCCUGUCUCACCAAGAAGUCCCGUCCGUGCCAUUUAUCCUCCUCGCUCCCCUCGCUUUCAGCCAGCAUCGCCUAUCUCGCCAAUGCGCCCAGACUAUGGUCAGCCGAAGUCCUCAGAGUUGCGUGGGCCAGCAUCUCCUGCCGCGGCCUCUACACGCACACGAACGUCUUCUUUUGGGUCUCAGAUUGAAGGCAAACGUCCUCGAAAAGGAUUACGCAAUUUGCGCAUUCAACACCGACACUACCCUAGCGAAGUCUCGGACGAGGAAGUCCGCACUCCAUUGACGCCACGAUACUAUACUGACUCUGGGAUUCCACCCAGUCCGCCACCUAAGAGCGAAGCGGCUACUACGCCAGGCACGCACGAUGGCUACGGGACACCUGUCGAUAUUAGGGAUUUCGAUGAGAUUAGAGCGAUGCCUCGACCAGAGCCACAGAGGACUGGAAGCCACCAAUACGAGGUAUACAAAGUAGGAGGAGGCACAUCCCGGCAGAUGGAACUCAGGCUCGACACAGCGACUGCGGGUGGCUAUGGUAUCAACCAUCGUGCACUCUCGUCGAACAUGUCUGUGUCUACCCUUGGAACAUUACCUUUCCGUGCCAUGGCGCAAUUAGAUGGUCUGCCGUUACCAUCCCUUGGACUGGUCACCAAGACUACGUACCUCGAGCGACGCCGCGAUCUUUUGAGUGCUCCUCGUACGGGUAUGGCGACUCCGUACAGUUCCUACAUGCCAUUCACGCCGUUGACACCGGUGACGCCUCAUCUGACAAGCAGAGCAGAGAGGAAGCAGCGUGAAAGAGAUCAAGGCAGGCGUGCACCGGCUGCCGAAGACCAAGUCAUCGAUGAGGAGGAAAUGUGGGGAAGUGGUUAUUGAAUCGUCCUUGUUUUCAAGUUCCUUUCUCUCAAGAUGCCAUAAUAAUGAACAUGCAUCGCGACCGUUUUCAGAUAUGCUUUUCCGAUAGCAACAUUCCACAUGUUUGUGAAUCUCGGCAUCCUGUAGCAUCCGGACCCCCCGCGUGCGAUUGACGCGAGUUACCCUGU